UGCGUUUGUAUGGGCUAAUAGCAGAAAGGCCCAAAAUAAUUUUAGCAAAUGGAUCCUUGGCUUGGCACCUUCUUAAAAACAUUCCAUAUAGCUUAUUUCCAUAUAUGUACUAUAGUCAUCUAUAGUACAGAACAAUAGUACAUAACAAUCUAUACACAUACACUGUGGAUAAUGGGACAGUUAGACAGUUCAAAAGAAACAAUAUAUGAGAUACCAUAGUAUAGAGUAACAUGAAACUACGGUGGGGACCUUAUGACAUAACAGGCAUGUCAGGUUCACAGAAGAAAUGGGUCACGGGUUGGAACAUUUUACAGGAAGUAUUAAACACUAUGUUCCAGCCAAUGAGGUAUGUUUUCAAGUUUGAAUACUUGAUCUUGGGUUCUCAUUUAAGCACAGACCAAAUCAACACCACCUCCCCAGAGGUUACAUACCAUGAUGGUCAGAUUAGGGGUUGCUGUGAUUAUUCUCAGUGCAGCGUGUAAGUACAAUUUCAUCACUGGUAGUAUAUCUAAAAAAUUCUUGUUGGGGUGCCGUGCAAUUCAAAAUAGUUCAAGCUUCUUGAAGGAUAGGAUAAAUAGACAUUUCAAACGUUCAGCCAACACACAUACCAUCUAAAAAGAAAUAAUAACUUGAGUCAGUUGUCACGCCCUGAUCUGUUUCUCCUGUUCUUGUGAUUGUCUCCACCCCCUCCAUGUGUCGCUUAUUUUCCCCAGUGUAUUUAUCCCUGUGUUUCCUGUCACUCUGUGUCAGUUCGUCUUGUAUGUUUAGCCAAGUCAACCACUGUGUUUUUCCCGUACUCCUUUUCUAUUCUCUUUUUCUAGUUCUCCUGGUUUUGACCCUUGCCUGUUUCUGGACUCUGUACCCGCCUGCCUGACCUUUCUGCCUACCUUGACCACAAGCCUGUCUGCCACUCUGUACCUCCUGGACUCUGAUCUGGUUUUGACCUUUGUGCCUGUCCACGACCAUUCUCUUUCCUACCCAUUUGGAUGAUUAAACACUGUACGACUCCAACCAUCUGUCUCUUGUGUCUGCAUCUGGGUCUCGGCUUGUAUCUUGAUGUCAGUGUUAAUAAACAAAGUAAGAAAAAUACAUCAUAAACAUCUGGAAUGAUUUUCACAUCUUGAUUUUCGAUUAUUUGAAAAGUUCAGACUAUUGUUCUGUUUUGUUUAGCAUAAAUACAGUAUCCUUGUGUUUCUGUUUCCAUUUGAUUUAGAUGUAGACCGUGUUAACCUGCUAAGUCCAGUGACCACUGUUCAACUUGGUGAUCCUGUAACACUGCUAUGUGUUUUCCCAGUAGAAAAAUUCAGCGAUGAGCAAAUACACUGGUACAAGCGAACUGUGGGAGGAAUUCCACAACUUGUCUCAUCGAUGAAUAAAUAUUUAACAGAGCCUGUGUUUCACUCUGGAUUUAAUCAUUCACACUCCAAUGUAAAAUUGGCUCAACCGAUGUUUCGCCUUACUAUCAUGAAGAUGAUCCCAGAAGAAGAAGUAAUGUACUAUUGUGCAAUUGGAAGAGAGAUGACUGAAGUUUAGAGAUGGCACAUUUAUGUUUUUAAAAAGUAAAAUAAUUGUACUUUCUAUUUAUUGGACAAUUUGUUAAGUAAAAAGACAAAACAAAUGCCUGCCACUUUUGUGAUUUCUCAGCUAACAAAAAGACUGCAGUAAAAUAUGUUUAUCUUAUAUUAUCUGAACGUCUGAAAAUUACUCUGUUCUGAGUAUUUAGGGAACGGUCAGAGGUCUGACUCAACCAGCAGGAGUCAUUUACACCUCUGGGAACAGGAGUGAUGAUUGUGAGAAGAGCCCUGAGACUCCAUCUCCGACACAGAGUUGUGUCUACAGCCUAUCCAAGAACAACCGCAGCCCUUCUGAUGCUGGGACUUACUACUGUGCUGUGGCCACAUGUGGAGAGAUCCUGUUUGGUAACAGAACCAAACAUAUCACUAUUAAAGGAAACACAGUGGAUCCCAUUGUCCUCAGCUUGAGAGCAGCAGUGGCUGUGUGUGUGAGUGUCAUUUUUAUACCAACAACAAGAGUCAAACACGUGAUCAUUGUAAAGUGCUUGGAUUUCUAUCUGUUGAUACAGCAAGUGUCUCUCAGCAUAUUCACCAUGAUGAUAACCUCUCAUCAGAGCAGUCAAGUGGUCAGUCUUGAUUCACUCUGAAGAAGUUCCUCUACAAAUUCCAGUGACCACAGCUCAGCUCGGAGAGUCUGUAUCUCUUCCAUGUUUUUCUCAGAGACAAUUGAUUAUUUCCAAUGGCUGUACUGGUACAAGCAAACUGCUGGUCAAAUGCCCCAAGUUGUGGCAACUGUGGAAAAGAAAAAAUCUGCACAUUUUGUUCUAAAUGGAGAGUUUAACAACAUACGUUUCACAAUGGAGGAAGUAAAAGUUGGAUAUCUUCUCAUCAUCAACAAUAUCAGCAGAUCAGAUGAAGCAGCAUACUUCUGUGGAAUAGGAACAAUGUAUGAGAUGAAGUUUAGAAAUGGAACAUUUUUGUCUGUAAAAGGUGUCAGUCAGAAGAGGUCACACUACCAGACUGUAGAACAACAGCCAGUGUUUGACCCAGUCCAUCCAGGAGACUCUGUGACUCUACAGUGUACAGUACUCUCUGAGACCUGUGCAGGACUACACAGUGUGUACUGGUUCAGAGCUGGAUCAGGAGAAUCCCAUCCAGGAGUAAUUUACAUCCCUGAAAACAGGAGUGAUGAGUGUGAGAAGAGCCCUGAGACUCCCUAUCCUACACAGAGCUGUGUCUACAGCCUCUCCAAGAACAACCUCAGUUUCUCUGAUGCUGGGACUUACUACUGUGCUGUGGUCACAUGCGGGGAGAUCCUGUUUGGCGACGGAACCAAACUUAACACCAUUAAAGGAAGCACAGUGGAUCCCUUUGUCCUCAGCUUGGGAGCAGCAGUGGCUGUGUGUGUGAUUGUCAUUUUUAUUCUUUCUUGUAACAAAAACAAGAGACAAACAUGUGAUCAUUGUAAAGCAAGUGUCUCUCAGCAUAUUCACCAUGAUGAUAACCUCUCAUCAGAGCAGUCAAGUGGUCAGGUGCCAAACACAGAUUUGUUAAAUUAUGCUGCAUUGCAUUUCUCUGAGAAGAAAACUAAAAGAGGAAGAAAGAAGAGAGAGACACCACAGGAGAGUGUGUACUCUGAUAUCAGGUACUGAGACUGGGAUUGAACUGUUUCAGAUACAGCAUAGACUAAAUUAUCUCAGUCAAGUGUCUCCAUUUAGACAAAAUGUAAGAGUUUUGGUUAAGAAAAUCUCAGGACAUUGCUCUUGUUUGAAAUUUUACAAAUGUAAGAUACAAUUUCCCAUUACAAUACCAUACACAAUGGAAUUACAACCCUUUUUCUGCUCAAAUAGUGUUCCACUUACUCUGAGCUAGCUGAUGUCAACUGGUAGCAGGAGGGACUUCAUCUUUAAAUAUCUAUGUAUAUGUUGGUAACAUUGAGCAAAACGUUGAAUGGAACCUUAUCGUAUGGGGUUUAUAUGUGCUAAAUAAUUUUUGUUCCUUCAUUAUCACGCAUCAAAUUAUAACUAUAAAUGAGUAUUAUCAUUAGAAUUAGUAGUAUUAUCAUUAGAAUUGUAUAUCACUGAAUAUUUCUAG